AUGGGAAAGCACGAGAUCGAGUCGUGGAUUGCAUCGACAUCGACUGCUUCAGACGACCUGGACAGUUCGAAUGCGAGCGGCCUACAGGAAUGGCGACGAGACUACGUUUUGACAGACUGGCCAAAAGCACUAGAUGUGGCGAGGACGCGACUGUUUACCAGCAGCACGAAGGUGCGGCUGCAGUUCUUGCGAGAGGAGCUGCUGGUACUCUCAAAAUAUGGAGAUUUUAGUCUCUCACAAACGAUGGAUGUAUUCAAGCUUCUCACGCAGACGUAUACGCGGUACAUUGAUGCGCCGUCGCGCGAGGCUGUCGAGGCGGUAGGCUCGGAGCUGGUGCGACGGGACGAAUUGCGCGGGACACCGGAUGGUGAACCCGAAUCGACCAAGCUUGGAGUAACGGAGCAGAUAUUUGGAUGGCUAUCUCAUGAGGUUGGUCUCAUCUCUAAGCGGGCAAGCUCCCAUGCCGCCGCUGACAUGUUCGUAUUGCUCAGCUGGUGCUGUGGGCUGUAUGUGACGUGCCUAAAAGCCAAUCCCAACUUUGCAGGCACUUAUGCCUGGGACAAGAUGAUCAACGUGUUCGCGAUGCUCGUGGACAUGUUACUGGACAAGUCUACGCGAGUCAAGAAGUCGAUACAGAAGAGCGCGCUGGUGCGGACGCGGCGCGCACUUCGAUCGUGCCCACAGUACCUGAGAGACGUAAUGAAUACGCUGCUCGCGCUAGCGAAGACCAGCACGUCACCGUUAUUCGUGGUACCUCUGCUUGGUUUAUCUGUAGAUGUCACACUGCAUCUCAAGAACCUCAAGGACGAGCAGCUCAAGAAGGUGGAUCCAACAAUUAAGGAGGAUAUCUUGGCAUUCUAUGUCAGUUCUGUCCUCAUGUCAAGAUCCCCUGUGACAUCACACACUUCGACCGCGCUACACGACUUCGUCCGAACGCAAGUGACUGAAGACGAUUUUACGACACUUGUUCUUCCGACUAUGGAAAAGGCGCUUCUACGAUCACCAGAGAUUUCCAUUGGCGUAAUCUCUGAGUUUGUGGCGGCAUACUCGCAUGCUAUUGAAGGUGACACCUUCCGCAGAUUGCUGACACCGACACUCAACAACGCCAGGUCGACGAAUACCAUCGUGCGUAAUAAUGCCACUGUACUUUUCAAGGUACUUCUUGAGAGGACCCCGAGUCCCAGCGACAUGGAGUUAGCGUUGAACGAAGUAUUGAGUCUCCCCAAAGCAGGCAAAACUGCUGGUCCCGACCACCGUCUGGCGCUGUACACGAUGCUUGCAUAUGUGAAGCCUUCUACCUCGAUUUCUUCCACUGUCGUUCAGUCUGUCUUGCCUCUUCUCGCCAAGGAAACUCAUGAUGCGGCUGUCUUGGUACUCGUUGCUUCUGUUACUCCUCAUCUGGUGUUUUGUCUUCGCCAGAACAUCGCCUUCCCUUCGGAGGUUACGGCGUUGGUUACGAAGGAGAUGACCAAUGCAAAGCCUGUAAUUCGACGUGCUUUCAGCACGUUGGUUGGUGAUACUUUCUGGCAGUUGAGCAAGUUGGAUUCUGAGGCCUCGUUAAUGUUUGCACGCGCGGUGUUACCCGCGUUCGAGACAAACCUCAGAUCUAUAGCAAGCAACCCACUCAAUUCCAUUGUCGGGUCGUUAGAGGGCUACGCUGCACUUGCGAUUCUAUUGGGUCCCUUCGCUCAUUCAGGGAAAUUUGAAGACUUCAUCGCACACAGUGCCACAAUUCAAUCAUUGAUCGCUACAGGUUCGAAACCGUCGUUUCUGCUGUGGGACAAGGUCUACCAUAGACUCAAUGCGGUGGAGGACGAGACGUGGUUGCUCCGCGCAAGUGAAGCCUCGCUGUCAUUCUUCAAGGACGAACUCAUACAAAACGAGCACGCCUGUGCGAUGAUGGGAAUGAUUUUCUUGCACUUGGCCAUCGAGAGCCACACUCCGCAAAUCCGCCGUCUUGUCCUUACUUCACUGGAAACACUGACGGCCAACAAUCCUGAAGUUGUGAAUUGCGUCAUCACUGCAGCGCUGACUGUAUAUCUGUCGCGACCGUCAACGCAUAAAUUUCCAAAUGAUGCUGGUGACGAGCCCAAUUCUCCUGUUAACCGGGAAGGUCGCCUACCUGCAGUCCUCCUUGCAUCUUGUGGAUUUGCCGACAGGUGUGAUCAGACAAUCCGACAGAACUCACUUGUGAAUCUUGUGGUCCUAGCACACCACCCCCUUUUGUGUGUGCAUUCGCGCCAAACAUGGAUAGAAUUAUGCCAGAAAGCGCAUGUCGACCCCCAUGCACUUGUGUGCGCGAGGUUGGAUGACAUCCUCAAGAAGGUUAUGAAUGCUUUGGAUUCUCAUGCCAAGACAUACCACGACGUUUUCGCGGAAGCCGGUUAUCGUGCUGUGACUACAUUAGCUUUUGUAUCUCCACAAGAAGUACUUCCAAGGAUUAUCGAACAAAUUCGAGCCGAUAUCAAUCCGGAAGAGAUCAAUUCCUUAAGCGAAAUGGACCUCGGAGUAUGGUCGGUCCCUGAAGGAAAGACGUACGUGGAUGUGCUUGCCUUGAAAGACAUUGAUGUGCCAGUGAAGAAGGGUAAAGGUUAUAAAGAGGCUCAGUGGGAGGCAGAGGUAAGGAAGUCGUUAGCUAGCAAGAAGGGCAACGCACCGGCUACACUCUCUAAGCAAGAUCAAGCGCUUGUUCACGCACAGCUCGAAAAAGAGUCGCAAAUACGAACACGGGUAGCUGUCAUAAAGACCAAGUUCGAUCGUGGUCUCAAUCUCGUGUCUAGCAUCAUAAACGCACACGUGGACGAAUUUCGGCCAUACUUAUCGUCUGUUGCCACACUGCUACUGAAAGGCGCUUUCGGAAAUGGAGUUGCUCUCGUGGGCUUCAAUGCAUUCGACAGAUAUCUGGCAUUGUCGAACACUUGUUCGGAUCGUUUAGACACACUCCGGACGUGGAUAGGCGUUGCGACCCUACGCAGUCUUGGAAUCAAUGAGAUACCGGAAGAUUACACAGUUGAACCUCUGAAUUCGCUUGUUCUUCGCGUGUUAUACCGUUUACGCUCCUUGUCAGAGCAGAGUCCCUUUGACGCCGCUACGUUUUCUUACUCGUCCCCAUUAUUGAGUGAAGUGCUCUUGAAAGGGGGCAUUGCUCUGACGGAUGAGGACGACCCUCUCGAACAAGUAGCUCUGGCGUUGGGUGUUGUUAGAUUCCAUUGCGGUGAAUUCUCAGAGCCAACAUUUCCACGGAUUCAGACCAUGGAAAAUCUCAUUCAUGUUAUCAGAACUCAGCCGAAGCUCGCGAAGGAAGCAUCUUCCGCUCUCAUUGAUUUGGGUGAAGCAAUGAAUCCAACAGCGACACGAGAAGAAAUUUCUGCACUACUGCGUGGAACUUUGUUACAGGAAGUGUACGUCCGCAACUCCUGUCUCCAAACACUGCAGCCAUUCGACCUGACGGAUUUCGACUGGUCUCCAGAGAUCUGGAUAGCUAGUCACGACACCGACGAGCAGAACGCCAGAUUGGCCCGUCGUGUUUGGGAGGACAAUGGCUUGGAUGUUCCAGAGAGCUUCGUGGUUGAUCUGUCAAAGUUCCUCGAGCAUGACAAUGCCUAUGUUCGCUCGAGUGCGGCUGUAGCUCUUGCUGAUGCCGUUAUCGACAUCUGGCCGCAAUCCAUCACCAACGUUUUGGCUAUUCUCAAGGAUUUCUACCGCGAGAAGGCGAAAGUUUUGGCUCCCGAGUAUGAUCAAUAUGGAAUGGUGAUUGCCCAAAGCCUUGAUCGAAGUGACCCAUGGCAAGCACGGGUAGCAAUAGCGCGUUCAUUUGAGCUCCUCUCGCCAGCAUUCACAGCGGAGGACGUGGAUCCAUUCUUCAAGUUCUUGAUCCUGGAUGAAGCUCUUGGUGACCGUUACGCCGAUGUUCGUCGAGGUAUGCUUAGUGCAGGUACUGCCGUGAUCGACUUACACGGACUGGCUCAUCUUGCUGAGCUCAUCGCGAUGUUUGAAUCACAUUUGUCUGCGACGGGUUCGUCUACGGAGACGGCUGAUUUCAUCAAGGAAGCUGUCGUGAUCCUCUUUGGCCGUGUUGCUAGACAUCUAGAGCCUACCGAUAAGCGGGUUCCGCAAAUUAUCGAACGACUGGUAGAUGCUCUGAAGACACCAUCGGAACAGGUUCAAAUCGCUGUCUCAGACUGUCUUUCACCUCUGGUUCAAGUCAUGCAAUUGCCAGCUGCAGAGUUAAUUGAUCGCUUGUUGAAUGAACUCUUCAAUGCGCCAAAGUAUGCUGUGCGACGAGGGGCAGCGUACGGACUUGCUGGAGCAGUCAAAGGCGCGGGGAUCUCUGCCAUGAAGGAAUACAACAUCGUAGAACGACUCAAGGCGGCAUCUGAAGACAAGAAACGUUAUGAGCCGCGCCAAGGAGCCAUGUUCGCCUUCGAGACAUUUUCGAGCACGCUUGGCCGUUUAUUUGAACCAUAUGUCACCCAUAUUCUUCCGGUGCUGCUGACAUCCUUCGGAGAUACAGUGCCUGAUGUUCGAGAUGCUACUCAUGAUGCGGCCAGAGUCAUUAUGGCGAAUAUGUCGGGUUAUGGUGUCAAGACGAUCCUACCAUCACUUCUUUCCGGCCUUGACGAGAAGCAAUGGAGGACUAAGAAGGGGUCCAUCGAGCUGCUCGGAAUGAUGGCCUAUUGUGCACCAAAACAGCUAUCACAAUCUCUCCCGAUUGUCAUUCCGCGCCUCACCGGUGUCCUGACUGACUCGCAUGCCCAAGUCCGAACAGCCGCGAACAAGAGUUUGAAGCAAUUCGGGGAAGUUAUCAGUAAUCCUGAGAUUCAGUCAUUGGUGCCUGUGUUCCUCAAGGCUCUGGUGGAUCCCGGUAAAACACCCAAUGCGUUGUCUGCACUACUAAAGACUUCCUUCAUGCAUUACAUUGACCAUUCGUCACUGGCGUUGGUCGUACCCAUCAUCGAACGCGGGCUUCGCGAAAGAGGCGCAGACACUAAGAAGAAAGCUGCUCAAAUCGUCGGCAACUUAGCGUCACUCACGGAGUCCAAAGAUUUUGUCCCUUACCUCAGUCGUCUCCUCCCUCUGGUGCACGUAGUUCUGGUUGAUCCAGUUCCUGAAGCUCGAGCCACCGCAGCGAAAGCUCUGGGUACUCUCGUUGAGCGGUUGGGCGAAAUUCAUUUCCCCGACUUAGUUCCCGGUCUACUUCGCACUCUCAAGACGGAUACCUCUGGUGUCGACCGUCAAGGUGCGGCCCAAGGGUUGAGCGAGGUUCUUUCAGGCCUUGGAAUGGAGCGAAUGGAAGGCCUCCUUCCGGAUAUCAUUGCAAACGCUCAAUCUCCACGCAGCACGGUCAGAGAGGGCUUUAUGUCUCUGCUUGUGUACCUUCCAGCAACAUUUGGUACUAGAUUCCAGCCGCAUCUACCAAAGAUCAUCUCGCCAAUUUUGAGUGGUCUUUCGGAUUCCGAGGAUUACGUGAGAGAUGCGGCCAUGCGUGCUGGCCGUAUGGUUGUCACGAACUAUUCAACCAAAGCCAUCGAUCUUCUCCUACCGGAGCUAGAAAGAGGCAUGUUUGAUUCUGGCUGGCGUAUCAGGCAAUCUUCUAUUACACUCGUUGGCGAACUGCUAUUCAAAGUCUCAGGAAUUAGUGGCAAAAGCGAGGUUGAAGGCGACGAAGAGAUCGGAGACACUGCGACGGCUGAGUCAUCUCGUCGGGCUCUCGUUGAGGUUCUUGGUGUUGAGCGUCGUGAUCGAAUCUUGUCGGCUCUCUAUCUUGCCCGCCAAGAUGCUGUGAACGUCGUCCGCCAGUCAUCCAUUCAUAUCUGGAAGGCGUUGGUGCACAACACUCCUCGAACAGUGCGGGAGCUUCUUCCCGAGCUCAUGAACCAAAUCAUUCUUCUGCUUUCCAGCAGUGAGGUUGAUCAGCAAGAGACCGCAGCCCGCACUAUUUCAGAGCUUUGUCGCAAGUCCGGUGAAAAGAUAUUAGGAGAGAUUGUCUCAAUCCUGAAAAGUAAAUCAAUUUCCACUGACCCACAGACGAGGGAAGGUGUCUGCUUGGCGCUGUGCGAGAUCAUGGAAAGCACUACCGACAACCAACGAGAAGGACACGAAGAUGAUAUGAUCGCUAUGGUUCGAGCCGCGUUGGUAGACGAUGAAGCGAACGUCCGCAGUGCAGCUGCCAAGGCAUUUGAUACACUACAAGAACAGAUCGGGGCGAAGGCUAUUGAUCAGACUAUCCCAACACUCCUGGAGGCUCUGCGUCAACCCGGUCAAAGUUCUGGAACAGCUCUGCAAGCUCUGAAGGAAGUCAUGGCUGUGCGUGCUGCAACUGUGUUCCCGGUCCUGAUUCCCACUUUGACAACGAUACCGAUGUCGGUAUUCAAUGCACGAGCAUUGGCAUCCCUUGUGACCGUUGCGGGUACCGCAUUGAGCAAGCGACUGACAGUUAUCCUCACUGCUCUCGUGAAAAUGAUAGAAUCUUCUGAGAUUGAGCGAGAUGAGGAGCUCAAGACCGCCGUAGACGAAGCGACACGUGCCCUGUUGGCUUCAGUGUGCGACCUUGAAGGUCUGAACACGCUAAUGCUCUUGCUUCUCGGAUGGGCCAAGCAUGACUCCAUUCAGCGACGGGUCAGCGGAUGCAACCUGUUCGCCUUAUUCUGUGAAGAAUCACAGCUAGACUCCUCGUUGUAUCGCGCAGAUUGGAUUCGACAGCUGGUGUCGUUGCUGGAUGAUAGUCAAGUGGCCGUCCAUAGCGCCGCAUGGCGAGCUUUCGAUGUCUUCGUCAAGUCAGUACCGAAGGACGAACUGGAACCUCUCGUGGUUCCUCUUCGGCGUACCAUCGAAAGCACUGGCGCACCUGGAAGACAUGUUCCUGGUUUCAGCUUGCCGAAAGGUGUAUCUCCUACUGUGCCCAUCAUCAUCGCAGGUCUCACUACAGGUAGCAAUGAGCAGCGAGAACAGGCCGCGUAUGCUAUCGGGGAUCUCGUCGAGCGCACACAGGAAAGCGCAAUCAAACCUUUUGUAGUGCCUUUCACCGGUCCUCUUAUCCGUGUUGCGACUCAAGCAUCCACGUACCCACCUGCUGUUAAGACAGCCAUCCUGAGCACCCUCUCUACUAUGCUUGAACACAUUCCACUAUUCGUCAAGCCAUUCUUCCCACAGCUGCAGAGGACCUUCGUGAAGAGUGUAAGCGAUCCUGCCAGCCUGGUCGUGCGCACGAAGGCGGCACAGGCAUUGGGCAUGCUCAUGCGGAGUCAAACUCGUGUCGACCCUGUGAUCACAGAGCUGAUCACCGGGGUAAAGAGCAAUGACGAUGGUAUUGCAGGCAGCUUGAUGUUCGCUUUGGCGCAGGUGGUGCACAGUGCAGGUAGUAACGUCGGAGAAAAGGCGAGGGAGGCAUGUGCAGACCUUGUGUCUGAGUCCUUCAGAGAGAGCCACGAUGAAUAUUACAUCCAGUCCGUAGCCUCGCUCUUCGCAGCCUUGUCGGCGUAUCCGGACUUGGUGAAACCAGUCGUCGAGGCCUACUUGACUGCAGGCACGCCAGCUUCCGUGUUGUCAUCCCACUGUAUAUUGGCAGUUCUCUCACCAGACGAAGAUUUCCAUCAGAGCCAAGAUACGACCGUAUUCCAAACACUUGGCGUUCUACGAAGUGUCCGACAGAAGGUGCAGGAAAGCAUUGCUAGCGAAAAACCAUCUAUCUCUCGCCCUGCGCGGGAGGCGAGCUCGUUGUUGAAAUCUAUUGAUGAUGAGCAAUGA